UGUUUGAGUGCAAGUUGUGUAACAGCUGUAGAAAUUUUUCAAAAACCUAAGAUUUUUUAAAAAUUAUUUGAUAAUUCCACAAUAGUCUUUAAAAGGGAUGAUAUUUAAUUUAUUUGCGGCUUUGAUCAGGUACUCCUGUGUUUGUAUAUCUUUAUAAAAACAAACAGGAGGUUGAAGUUUCAAUCCUCUGUAAAGUGAUAAAGGGUUUUUACUGAAUGACUAACUAAACCGUGCUAGGAUAUAUUAUCAUAGUCUCUUAUGUCGUCUGCGACUUUCGGACAGAAAAUAUUCACACCGACACCCCCUGAAAAAGGAAGUUUCCCUCUGGACCAUGAAGGUCGCUGUAAGAAGGUGAUGCUGAAGUACAUGCUCUGUCUCAGAGAAUCUAAAGACAUCAACACUAAGUGCAGAAAAGAGGCUAAGGAUUAUCUGUCUUGCCGUAUGGAUAAUAAUCUGAUGGCCAAGGAAGAAUGGUCAAAGCUUGGUUUCAAAGACGAAGAGAAGUGAAAAUGGUAAACUUGUUAGUUUGCUGUACAGGGAGUGUGGCGACGAUCAAACUACCCGUCAUAUUGGAACUGUUCAAAUUGCAUAGAAAUGAAUUAGAUGUUAACAUAAAAGUUUGCCUCACAGAGAAAUCGAGACAUUUUUCCCCCAAUGAACUCGGCGUUCAGUCAUUCACCGAUUCAGAUGAAUGGGAUUGUUGGAAUGGUAGAGGCGAUCCUGUACUUCACAUCGAUUUGACCAAAUGGGCUGAUGUACUCCUCAUUGCCCCUCUCGAUGCUAACACUCUCGGGAAAAUUGCCAGCGGGAUUUGCGAUAACAUGGUCACAUGUGUGGUGCGCGCUUGGGAGAUUUCCAAGCCGUUAUUCUUCUGCCCUGCCAUGAACACAAAAAUGUGGAACCAUCCAAUAACUGGCACACAGAUAUCUUUGCUGAAGUCUUGGGGCUACUAUGAAAUACCGUGCAUCUCUAAAACCCUGAUGUGUGGCGAUGUUGGGCUAGGUGCGAUGGCUGAACCGCAGCAAAUUGUUGAUACAGUGUUGAACUUUAUUAGAUUAAAUAACUGAUAUAAAAUGUAGCAUAUGUUAAAAAUUACAAAAACUGUUUUUGUA